AGUAGCGACCAUUUCCAUUGGCAUUAGGGAGUCCUUGGAGCGCUGUGUUGGGACCGUGGUGGAGACUGGAUCCAGGAGGUCGAGAGUCGUUCUUCUCUUUGCACAGACGUGACUCUGCAGCUCUUUAACGGCGCCCGCUGCUCUCAACCCAGCUUACCCCACGUGGUCCCAUGGCGGCGGCCGCGCUAAGGCUCCCCGUUCAGGGCACAGUGACUUUUGAAGACGUGGCUGUGAAAUUUACCCAGGAGGAAUGGAAUCUCCUUAGUGAGGCUCAGAGAUGCCUGUACCGUGAUGUGACGCUGGAGAACCUGGCACUUAUGUCCUCCCUGGGUUGUUGGUGUGGAGUGGAAGAUGAGGCGGCACCUUCUAAGCAGAGUAUUUAUAUACAAAGAGAGACUCAGGUCAGGACUCCUAUGGCAGGUGUGUCUCCCAAGAAGGCCCACCCCUGUGAGAUGUGUGGCCCGAUCUUGGGAGACAUUUUGCAUGUGGCAGAUCAUCAGGGAACACAUCACAAGCAGAAACUGCACAGGUGUGAGGCCUGGGGGAAUAAAUUGUAUGACAGUGGAAACUUUCAUCAGCACCAGAAUGAGCACAUUGGAGAGAAACCCUACAGAGGGAGUGUUGAGGAGGCGUUGUUUGCGAAGAGGUGUAAGUUGCAUGUGUCAGGGGAGUCAUCUGUCUUCAGUGAGAGUGGGAAAGACUUUUUGCUCAGGUCAGGAUUACUCCAGCAAGAGGCCACUCACACUGGGAAGUCAAACAGCAAAACUGAGUGUGUGUCUCUGUUUCAUGGGGGAAAAACCCAUUACAGCUCUGGAGGAUGCAUGAAACAUUUUAGCACCAAAGAUAUACUCAGUCAGCACCAGAGACUGCUCCCUAGAGAAGAACCUUAUGUGUGGUGUGAAUAUGGGAAAUCCUCUAGCAAAUAUGACAGCUUCAGUAAUCAUCAAGGAGUUCACACUAGAGAAAAACCUUAUACAUGUGGGAUAUGUGGGAAAUUAUUUAACAGUAAGUCCCACCUCCUUGUACACCAGAGAAUUCACACUGGAGAGAAGCCAUAUGAGUGUGAGGCUUGUCAGAAAUUUUUUAGGCACAAGUACCACCUCAUUGCACACCAGAGAGUUCACACUGGAGAAAGGCCAUAUGAAUGCAGUGAUUGUGGGAAGUCAUUUACCCACAGCUCUACAUUCCGUGUUCAUAAGAGAGUUCACACUGGUCAGAAGCCUUAUGAGUGCAGUGAAUGUGGGAAAUCUUUUGCCGAAAGCUCCAGUCUCACUAAACACAGGAGAGUUCACACUGGAGAAAAGCCUUACGGGUGCAGUGAAUGUGAAAAAAAAUUUAGGCAAAUCUCUUCACUUCGUCAUCAUCAGAGAGUUCACAAAAGAAAGGGCUUAUGAGUGCAGUGAGUCCAGUCUCAUUAAAUAUUGGAGAAUACACACCUGAGUAAGAUCCUGUGAUUGCAGCAAAUGUGGAAAAUGUUUACCCAAAGGUCUGCUCUCCUUGGAUAUUGGAGAGUUCACACUAGAGAAGAGUCCUUACAAGUAAAAUAAAUUUGGGCAGUUUUGUAGCCACACCUCUGUAUUUCUUCAGGAUUAUAGUUAACACUGAAUGAAGGCCUUACUAGUGUGACAAAUACAGGAUAUUUAUCCAGAAGUCUGGCUGCAUAACUCACAGGAGAGCUGUCAUGUGGGAGGAUUGCUACAUGGGAGGAUUGCUUGAGCCUGGGAGGCAGAGGUUGCAGUGAGCCGAGAUUGCAACACUGCAGUCCAGUCUCGACCACAGAGUGAGACCCUGUUUCAAAAAUAAAAUAUAUAAAUGACAUCCAAUAAAGUAUGCAUAUUUGAGCUGUAGGAUAAGUCUUGAAUUUUCUUUUUCUUUUUUUCUUUUUUUUGAGACAGCCUCGCUCUGUCACCCAGGCUGGAGUACAGUGGCAUAAUCUCGGCUCACUGCAAGCCCUGCCUCCUGGGUUCAUGCCAUUCUCCUGCCUCAGCCUCCCUAAUAGCUGGGACUACAGGCAACCACCACCACUCCUACCUUUUUUGUAUUUUUAGCAGAGAUGGGGUUUCACCCUGUUAGCCAGGAAGUUCUCAAUCUCCUGACCUCGUGAUCUGCCCGCCUUGGCCUCUCAAAGUGUUGGGAUUGCAGGCGUGAGCCACUGCUCCUGGCUUGAAUUUUCUUAUAAUCCCAUGAAACCAUCAUCAGAGUCACAAUAAUGAAUUUAUCUAAUCUAUCACCUUUGUAUUUACCUGGAGCCUUUAUAAAGUUUUUCUCUAUGCAGACAACCAUUGAUUUACUCUGCUGUAUAAUACUUUCCAUUUUCUAGAAUUUUCUGACUGAUGUAAUAAAGUGUUUCCUCUUAUAA